AUGGAAACCCCAGGAAAUAACAACAGAAAAGAGCAAUGUCAUGCGGUGACAUUGCGAAGUGGCAAACCUCUUGUAGAAAGAACCAUGAACCUAAGAACCAACAAUCCUUCAAAAGAGAUCAACACACGCCCAACGACAUUGGAAGAUCAAGAAGAACAAACGCCUGAAUCCACAAGCCAUUCAAAGCCAAGCACAUCUAACGUGGGAGAACCUGCGGUGCAGCUGAACGCACCAUUUCCUAGACGUUUGAUGAAGAAGAAUGAUGAACAAAAAUUUAAGCAUUUUCUUGAACUCCUGAGGCAGCUGCACAUUAAUAUUCCACUUGUAGAAGCCUUAGAACAAAUGCCAAAGUACGUCAAAUUCUUGAAGGAUAUACUGACAAAGAAGAGGAGAAUCAGCGAGACGGAAGUAAUUGCUCUAACGCAGGAGUGCAAUGCGUUAGUCAAUAAUAAAUUACCCAAGAAACAGAAGAACCUAAGAAGCUUCACAGUCUCGUGCUCAAUCGGAGGGUUGGACGUAGGACAUGCAUUGUGUGAUUUGGGAGCAAGCAUUAACCUCAUGCCAUUUUCAAUCUUCAAGAAAUUGGGAAUUGGUGAAGCACAGCCCACUUCUGUAACACUUCAACUCGCUGAUAGGACGAUCACAUACCCUGAAGGAAAGGUUGAGGAUGUUCUAGUGAAAGUUGACAAAUUCAUAUUCCCAGCGGAUUUCAUCAUCCUAGACUAUGAAGCAGACAUGGAUGUACCAAUCAUUCUUGGACGACCCUUUCUCGCCACUGGGAAAGUAUUAAUAGACAUGCACAAGGGAGAAUUGACCAUGCACGUAGACAAUCAGGAAGUGAAAUUUAAUGUAUUAAACGCAUUAAAGUUCCCCGAUAAUGAAGAAUGUCAACUUAACAAAAUAGAGUUGCCUGAAGAAGAAGCGACCCAAAUUUGUGAGGUCCUUGCGUUGGAAGAAAGCAUGAAGAAACUCGAGUCGCCAAGUCUGAAUGACCGGCAGACGAAACCAACGCGUCCAUCAUUAGAAGAACCACCAGAACUAGAACUGAAACCAUUACCUAACCACCUUAAAUAUACUUUUCUUGAAUCAAACAUGUAA